UCCUAUUGUCCAUACAUUAACACGCCCGACACAUAACCCUUUCCGCUUUAUCGUUCCUUGACCACACUCACACAGUGUUAGUACGUACGUCUGUUCACACACCCCCAUUCAUUAUCGUCUAUAAGAAAAAAAAAGGCCACCACGCAUACGCUCAAAAGCAGGACACAGAACAACACCUCGUCUCCACCAAUCAAAGAACUAUCCUUGUUCGCAGAACCCUCCCUUCGAUACUUGCCACUACCAUCCCCUCACCAAGCAACAGCCACGAGAUGGCCAGUUUCUCUGCCGAAGAAAAAUAUCCCUACCUACGGGAAGGAACAAGCACACCUAGUAUACGCGUACAGCAAACAUCACAGCAUCCAUCCUAUCACCACCACCAGCUGCCUAGUUCGUCUAGCAACCAUCUUUACCAGACAUCCCCUUCAUCCACUGAUGGACCCACUGAUUAUUACUUCUCGUUCUCAGCGGAUCCCCAAUACGAAUCCAAUAUUACAUCCAUGAGUUCACAUCAACCAGAUCGCCUUCUUCUGGACCUGCAUCAGCAUAUUCAGCUGCUUCAACAACAACACCAGCAACAGCAGGAGCAACAACAGGACGAUUUUGGGCUCUUUUCCCACAUGACGACCCCUGCCAUCUCCGCCGGUCUUCCUCUGUUCGAGUCGUCAUUGCCUACGCAAUCCUUCGGCUUCCCGGCUGUCAUGACGCGUGGCGCGCAAGAGAUUGCCGGUGGCAUGCAGAACUUGAUGGGUCCGCAGACAUACUACGCUCCAGUCCCGUCUCCAACGCCGUCCGCCACGUCGUCACCUUCCGCUUCAUCAUCGGUUGUCUCCUCCCCGAUCUCCACAGACUACGAUGAGACCCUCGCAGCCAUGGCAGCGCCCGUGAUCGCGUGCGCGAGUUGCAAGCGUUCCCAUAUCAAGUGUGAUGCUGGACGGCCCUGCCAGAAUUGUCUCAAGCACCCCUCCAAGGCCCUGACGUGCCGAGAUGCGGUCCCAAAGCCGAGAGGUCGCCCAAAAGGUGGCAGCAAGGCCGCUGCUGAGGCCAUGUUCCUGGCCAGAUUGCAGUACCAGCAACAGCACCAACUGCGAGACCAUCAGCAGUAUCAGCAACAGCAGCAACACCAGAACCAUUUCCCGCGUACCAGGGUCCUGUCCUUCCCUCAGCAAGCAAGAACGCAGCCACCGCUUCCUCAGUUGCAAACACACCAGCUUCAGCAACAGCAGCAGUAUCGUGGUCAACCUCUGCAUGUCCUGUCACGGAGCUCUCCGACGUCGCCCGCAGCGGUCGAGCACCGUGGGGUUCGCCUCGCAAGACGCACGUCCUUGCCUGUUUGGCAUCAUCCAUAUGCGAUGCAUCGUCACCCAUAUUCUAGUGGGCCAGGGGUAUCGCCAUCCGUACCAUCGUCCUGGAACAUGGCCGCAUCUGGACCAGCGCCGAUGUCGUCGUCAGCGAUCACGUCAUCGUCAUCGCCACUAUCGUCUCCCACCUUGGUUGGUCCAGCUUCUCAAGAUAUGUUGCAUUCCUUCCCUGUUCAGAGCAUAAUGCCGUCAUCCUACCAGGACCUCGAUGCAGUGCAUUUUAUUCAAGGGUGUCUCCCAGUGGUCGAUAUGCAUCAUCAUCAGUCACGCAGUGCGACGGCAAGCCCGAUUCCCUUCGUGCCCUCCAUGGAGCCCUGCCCGCAACAAUUGCAGCAGGAGCUAUUGCAGCUGCAGAUGAUGCACCAGAAUAUGCACGCCACGGUCAAGUCCGAGCCCGAGGAGAGUGGACAGACUAUCAAGCCACAAGAUCUGCUGCGGGCCGUGUCCGUCAAGUCAGAGUCUGAGGUCGUUGAUUCGACUACACCUGAAUCACCCAGUGCAGACCUUCAAGAUCCAGGGAUGGCCACGCUGUUGCAGCAACAGCUCGUGACCCAGGCAGAGCUGCAAUUCGUCCAGCAGCGACAAAGCCAACUCCAAGAACAAUUCCAGAAGCAGCAGGCUUUGGUCAGCUUGCGGAGGCAGCAGCAGCAGAGGCAGCAGCAACAACAACAGCAGCAGUAAUUGCUAAUGUGCCAUACUUGAUAAUUAACAAACCAGUUGGACAAAUCCUCAUUUGUGGUUCACAAGAAACAAAACAAGGGGGGUUUUCUACUAUAAUUGUAUAUUCUUUUUGAUAAUUACCUAGCAUCCCGACCAUUCAUCACUUCAUCCCCCCUUCUUUAGUUUUGUGACAUUAUCAUUAUUCAAACCAAAAAGUUUUUAUUCCAUUACCCCCAUUACCCCAUUAUUCCAUUAUUAAUAAAUAACUAAUCCAUUUAUUUGCAUCCUCGAAAA